UUGGGAAACAAAAACUCUUUUACUUUCUCCUUACCUCAAAACACUCCUCUUUAUCUCGCAUCCGAUCCUGUCUCUCUGUCCUAGCUGCCGCCACCGUCCACUGCGGCCUCUGCUUAAAGUAUCUCUUCCUCAGCUGUUAUCGGUUUCUCUUUCUCAGCCCAUCGCCCGCUUUUGCCACUGCCCCUCUCUCCUUCUCAGUUGCUCUCCGCUUGUCUUCCUAUGCUGCUAUAGUGCUAUUUGUCUUUCUUUAGGAUACCCUGAAUGGCGACUUGUUCAACAUUAUCCAUUCAGAAGAGCUAUAAGUAUGAUGUGUUCCUGAGCUUUAGAGGCGAAGACACACGUAAGAAAUUUGUUGAUCAUCUUUAUUUUGCUCUUCAACGACAAGGAGUUCAUACUUACAAGGAUGAUGAGCGACUCGAGGAAGGAAAAAGGAUCAAUGAUGAGCUCUUAAAAUCUAUUGAAGAGUCAAAAUUCUACAUCAUUGUAUUCUCUAAGAACUAUGCAUCUUCCUCUUGGUGCUUGGAUGAGCUUGUGAAGAUUAUGGAGUGCCAGAAGGCGACCUUGCAGAUUGCUUACCCUGUAUUCUAUGAUGUGGACCCCUCUGAAAUCCGUAAACAACUAGGCUCAGUUGCAGAAGCUUUUGCCAGACAUAAAAACAAGGAAAAGAUCUGGAAGUGGAGAGAAGCUCUGGAAGAAGCAGCAAAUCUGGUUGGGUGGGAUCUAAGGAACACUGCCGAUGGACAUGAAGCUAAAGUCGUCAAUAAAAUUGUUGAGAAGAUUUCGCUUGAGCUACGUUUCAUUAGUUCAAAUGUGGAUGAAAAUUUAAUAGGCAUGGAGAGUCGGAUAAAGGAUAUUAUGUCAUCUUUGGAAACCGGUGUUGAAGAUGUUGGUAUGAUAGGUAUCAAGGGGAUUGGAGGCGGUGGGAAGACAACUUUGGCCAGAGCUAUUUUUGACAAAAUAAGCUUUCAAUUCGAAGGCAAAUGUUUUGUUGAGAAUGUUAGGGAAGUUUCAAAAACAUCAUUGUUCGGGUUGCGAUUGUUGCAAGAACAAAUACUUUGCAACUUGUUAAAUGAUAAAACAAUCACCUUAAGGAGUGUUCAUGAAGGGAAAAGCAUAAUGAAAAAGAUGUUGUGUGGCAAAAAGGUUUUACUUGUUUUAGACGAUGUGGAUCAUUUAGACCAAUUGGACGCAUUAGCUGGUGGGAUUAAUUGGUUUAAACCAGGAAGUAGAGUUAUUAUUACAACAAGAGAUGAGCAAGUGCUUAUAGCACACCGAGUGAAUUCAGUUCAUGAUGUUAGUCUGUUAUCAGAUGAGGAAGCAAUUUGUCUCUUCAGUAGGUAUGCAUUUGGUAGAGAUAUUCCAAUUCAAACGUACAAAGCGCUAUCACUCGAAGUUGUACAUUAUGCUGCGGGUCUUCCCUUAACAAUCAGAGUUUUGGGUUCAUUUCUCUGCGGUAAAAAUGAGCUUGAAUGGGAAGAUGCACUAGAAAGAUUAAAAAGAAUUCCGCUGAAGGAAACUCUAGAAAAAUUGGAAUUAAGCUAUACUGGCUUGGAAGAUGAUUAUAAGGAAAUAUUCAUAGAUGUUGCGUGCUUACUAAAAGGUUGGAUGAUAGAUGAUGCAAUUAGAGCACUUGAAAGUUGUGGAUUUCAUGCUAAGAAUGGAUUAAGAGUUCUUGAGCAAAAAUCUCUCAUAACUAUUUCUCGUGAUAAGGUGUUAAGCAUGCAUGAUCAUAUAGAAGAAAUGGGCAGGAAUAUUGUUCGUUGUUCGCAUCCUGAUGAGCCUAUUAGACAUAGCCGAUUGUGGAUUCAAAAAGAGAUUGAAGAUGUAUUAGCUCAUGACUUGGUUCCUGAAGCAACAAGAGCUUUAACAAUUAACACAUUUUCAUGGCAUGGGAAGGAGAACAUCUGUUUUGGAAACAUGAAGAAACUUAGAUUUCUUCGUGUUGUUUGCGAGAAUGAUACUUUGUAUGAAGUUGGCCGAGAAUUCCCAAAUGCACUACGAUAUCUAAAUUGGCAAUUUUACCCUCGUUGCUGUUUACCUGAAUCAUUUCAAGCAAAUAAUCUGGUUGCACUUGAAAUGUCUUACAGCAGAAUUAAACAACUAUGGGGAGAUGGAGAAGCGAAGGUUCUUAACAACCUCAGAUUCCUUGACCUCAGUUAUUCAGAUUUGAUGACCCUUGAUUGUGGCUUAUUUCCAAAUCUCGAGACGUUAAAUCUUGAAUAUUGUUGUUGUUUGGUAGAACUUCAUGUGCCGUUUGGAUGUCUAAGAAAGCUUGUCUACUUAGACUUAAAUAGAUGUUGGGGAUUCAAGUCUCUUUCAUUUAUCAAACACCUUGAGUCACUUCAGGUUCUUGAUCUAAGUUAUUUAUAUCUAACAGAGUUCCCAGAUAUUCUAAGUGAGCACUCCACCAACUACAGUUUGCUGGAGCUUAAAUUUUCAGGGAGCAAAAUCGAAGAACUGCCAUCGUCAAUUGGAAAUCUUCAAAAACUUGUUUCUUUAGAUCUCAGUUGGUGUGAAAGUCUCAAGACUCUGCCAGAGAGCAUAUUUUGUUUAACAAGUCUAAAACGCCUUAACCUUGUAAAUUGUGUGAUAGAGGAAUUAUCCGAGGAUAUUAUCCAUUUAGAAAGCUUAGAAUGGCUAAAUUUAGGUGGUACAUGUGUCAAACAUCUCCCUAAUAGCAUUUGUAUGUUAAAACAUCUGAAAACUCUACUUCUUGCAAGGUGUAAAGUUCUUGAGAAGUUACCUGAGGAUCUUGGCCUAUUAGAAUCUUUGGAGAAACUAAAUCUAGCCUAUUGCAAGAUAAGAGAUGUUCCGAGUAGCAUCUGCAAGUUGAAACAUCUCAGCAAGUUAGACCUUUGCAACUGUGAUCAACUUGAGAAGUUGCCUGAGAAACUAGGAGAUUUAAAUUGCUUAAAAGUAUUGAAUGUAGAAGGAACAUGUAUAAGUCAUCUUCCACAUAGCAUUUCUUUAUUGAAAGGUCUGAAAAUCAUUGGAUUUAAAUCAGAAGAUUCAUCCAUAUUGGUCAAAUAAACUCAGACACCCAAAAGGAGUUUACCCAUGAUUCUAAGAAACACAACAUAUCGUGGGAGCCAGGUGUUUAUACAGCUGGAUGAGAGUAUAAAAGCAAGGCAUGCAAGACUACUGUGUACUCCUUUAAAAAAAAAAAUACUGAUAUCAUUAUUCAUUAGGGUUUCUUUGUUAGAACCUUACUGUUCUAAGUUAUUAUUAUAAAUAUUAUUUUUUAAA